AUGAUCCUCCCCGGGCGCUCUCUCAUUACCCGCUCCAUCAUCCGCAAUGUCAAAUAUCCCACCCUACAGGGCCAGCCCUGUGGUGUAGACCUCACACUGAAGCGCGUUCUCAAAUGGACCUCGCCCGGAAUAAUCGACUUGGAUAACCAACUUCGGCAACCGGCCUCGACUGAAGAAAUACCGUUUCCAUCAGCAAAGGAAAAUGCAAACCGAUAUUUGGAUCUUGCGCAGGGUUCUUACCUUGUGGAGUUCAACGAGACCGUCUCCGUACCUUUAGAUGUUAUGGGCGAGAUUUUUGUUCGCAGCUCAUUAUUUCGGUCCGGGGUGACGAUACAUGCUGGUGUUAUGGACAGUGGAUAUGAGGGGGCUGUCGGGGCAUUAAUGCAGGUCGUCAAUCCCAACGGGUUGCGGCUGUAUCCUGCUGCGCGUCUCGCGCAGUUUGUGUUCCACCAGAUGAGUGAGAAGGUUGAGGGUUACAACGGAGUUUACCAAGGGAUGACAGCUUUGCAAUAA